AUGAGCUUCUCGCUCACAUUCUCAGAGCUGGUCAACAUCGCCAUCCCACAGUGAGGGGUGGUGAACUUCAAGGCCCUGCACCUCAUGCUCCAGGGUAUCCUGGAGCACAUCCACAUGGCUGACCUUGAGAAGGUCCUCUCGGGGGAAGAGGACUUCCUCCAUACCUUGCCAGCCAUGUUCAUGCCCCGGGAAGGAGACUCCCAGCCCAUCCUUAACCCCAUGAAGAGGCUCGGCAACGUCUUCAACCACCUGGUGAGCCGUGUGGACAAGAUGGAGAGCCAGCUGGCCGUGCUGCAGGAACUGCCCUCCACCUCCCAGCUGCUGGAGGGCAGCCAGGGCACUGGCCAGCCCACCCAGGACUUAUGGAACCUGAUAAAGCUCCGGAAGAUAGUGGAGGGCAACGAGGAAGCCAUGGCCAAGUCCAUGAAGACCCUGCAGGAUUUGCUCACUGAUAUUUAUGCACUCAAGGUCACUGUUGAAACCCUCAGGAAGGAUGUGGCCAUGCAGAAGGACAUGUUUGACAAGAUGCAUCUGGAAAGAAUAGAUGCUUUCUCUGAAGAUUUGAAAGGGCAGAGCCGGACGAUGAGUGCACUGCAGUGGGAAGUGAUUUCUCUCCAGAACAAGAUAACCACCAUGCCCAAAACUGAGGACAUGGUGCUCUGGAGCAGCCUCCAUGAGGCCAUGUUCACCCCGGUCGUGGAGGCCAUCCCGCCCCGGUUCCUGGAGACCAUCUGGCAUUACCAAGUCCAGGGCAGCUACAGGAGGAGGAGUCUGCCCAAGCAGCUCUGCUCCCCAGGGCCCAGGGGCCGGACCAGGCCCAAGUGCUCGAACCUGGGCCUGCGCCUAGACCUGGGCCUGCGUUUGGACCUGGGCCUGCCCCUGGACUGGGGCCUGCCCCAGGUCCUCAGCCCACACAAUCAGGAUCCUGGCCUGUACCAGCACGAGGGAGACACAUCCAAGCUCUCAGCUCUCUCAGAAAAGGAGGAGGAAUAUUCCUCCGUGGAAGUGGGAGUCCCUCAGGUUGGAGCCCCGAGGGCUGAGACCUCCACGGAAGUACUCCCUAAGGGAUCCCCGUCUGCGGUUCAGCAGAUAAAAUCCAAUGUUGCCAUUGCAGCUGCUGCCGCAGCCACCUUCGCAGCUGCAGUGACAUCGGCAGCCCGGGCAGCUAAAGAGGCUGCCAGGCUGGUCAGGGACACCCCGGCCACCAAAUUGGCCACCAUAGCAACAGCUGUGGCUGCAUCUGGGCCCUUAGGGGUCCUUGCAGACAUCCUGGGCACAGGGACCUCCCGCGGGGCCUUCACUGAGGACGGCGAGAUGGAAGAUUUGCAGGAGGUGGACUGUGAGGACGUCCUCUCUCCUUCAUUCUCUUCUGCCCGUGUCCCUCCCAACAUGGCCCUGUCCCAGGCCAUACUGGCUGCCAAACAGGCCAUGACCCCUGAAGACAGGAAGAAGGUCGUCAGGUAUUCCAUGAGCCACAUAGCCCAGAUGCCCAUUAGACAUGACUCCCUGAAAGAAGAGUUUGCCCAGCUGUCAUCCAACCUGCAUCAGCGUAUGACUUAUCUAGCUAAUAUGGGAGCCUCUUCCAAGCUUGGGACAGUGGCGGACGUAUUGCAAGAAAAGAUUGGCAGCCUCCAGAAAUCCAGGAUGAGGGAGGAGGAACUUGAGAGAAUUUGGGGCCACCAGAUAGAGAUGAUAAAGGACCACCACCUCGUGCUGGACAGGGCAGUGGACAAGCUCCAGAUUCGCCUGGAUGAGUUUAAGGUUGUCCAUUCUCAUAUUAAAAACCUAGAAAUGUACAAGGCAGACAAAAGUGCGAUGGAGCAGGAGCUGAAAGAGAAAGCCGACAGGCGCUCCCUGGCAGGCAAGGGAAGCCGGGCUGACCUGGAUGCAGUGGCGAUGGAGCUGAAUGAGACAAUUCAGGGCAUGCUCUUCAGGGUUAUGGCCAAUGAGGAUGACUGGAAGAAGACUGUGGAGCAGCUGGACAAAGACCUACGCACCAAGCUGGUUCGCAGUGAUUUGGAUGAUCUGAAGAAAGACAUGGAUGAGGUCUGGAAAGUAGUCAGGGAGCUGCUGAUUGAAGGCUUCUGGUUUGACCCCGACAGUGCUGCCGGCUUUAGGAAGAAACUGUUGGAGCGGGUGAAAUGUAUCUCCUGCCACCGGCCCGUGAAGAUGAUGACCAGCCCGCAACUCAUCACCAUCCGCAGUGCCCGCCUGCUGUCGCGGCUGCGGCCGGCCAGCGCCAACAGCUACGAGUACCUGCAGUGGCAACAGGCACGUGAGCAGCAGCUGCAGAAGCUCCAGAACCUUGCAGCCCUGGAGGGGAGCCUGGACUCGCUGGGCACCCAGCAGGACUGGGGUGACGGCCCCGGAAAUGAUGCCAACCUUGAUUUCAAAUCAUGUAACUUGUCGACAAUCUACCCCUACAGGGACUCUGAGUUGUUGGACUAUGAUUCCAUGAGUCAGGCCAAGGUGGACAUCCUGGGAGUGGACGGGAUCCUGUACAAGGGCCGAAUGAACAGCAAGGACAGGGCGUGGCCUCUGACCGACACAGAGAAGGAGCUGGCAGCUGUUAAGGUUCUGCAUCCCCCAGCUCGAAGCCCAUAUGACAGAAUAUUCCUGGGUCACAUCAUGGGUCUCUCCUGCCCCCCAGCAGCCUGCCCCCGCCACACCAGCAUGGGCUCAGCCACCUCAGGCCCCCCCGACAUGCCAGCUCAGCCUCUGUCUCUGCCUCCCUUGCCACUGCUGCCACAGCUGAUGCCAUCCCUGCAGGAUCCCCAGCCGGCCCCAGGGCCUGCUGGGCACCCAAGGCCUCUGUGCCUCGAGUCCCAAGCCGGCAUGCAGUCUGCCAAGGAGCCCACCAAGCUGUGA